GCUGGCAAAGCCGGCAUCCCCCCAGCCCCAAACCUCCUCAUCUGAGCACUGCGGCUCUAUCGGCAGCAACAUCUCUCUCAGUGAGGGACGUUUCUUAUUAAUCAGGACCACUGAAUGGAAACCAAUCAGAUAGAGAUUCCCUUUGGCUUCAUCUCCCCGCCUGCCUGAGUUAAAAGCGAUACUGGGAGAGAGUCUGCCUUAGUUAGAUGUAAGCGCACACAGCGCUGGAGAUACAGUGCUAGACAGAAGGGAGGAAGCAGGUAAAGAAGCAGCACUGGAUGGGCAGAGCUGGGCUCAUGCUGCAAGACAUGGUCCUAUUUCCAAGAGGAAUAUAACAUUUCAAAAUUUUGUCUGGUGAAUUAUUGCAGAAGUGGAGUCUAAUAGAACCUCUGUAAAUGAUGAAGGCUUAUUCCUUCUUGACAGUUUUGCUUUGGAGCUCUAUGCUUCAUGCUAUUCAUAUGAUGCCAUCACAAAAAAGGACUAACAAGCACUCACACAGUGAAAGGAUAACAAGACUGUCAGAGAAUGAUGGAAAAACACUGCAUCGUACCAAGCGUGGAUGGAUGUGGAAUCAAUUUUUCUUGCUGGAAGAGUACACAGGUCCAGAUACUCAAUAUGUGGGUAAGCUACACACUGACCAAGAUAAAGGAGAUGGAAAUUUAAAAUACAUAUUAACAGGAGAUGGGGCUGGCAGUCUGUUCGUUAUAGAUGAAAAUACAGGAGAUAUUCAUGCUGCAAAGAAAUUGGACAGAGAAGAAAAGUCCCUGUAUGUGCUACGUGCCAAGGCUAUAGACAGAAAGUCUGGAAGACAAGUGGAGCCAGAGUCUGAAUUUAUCAUUAAAAUCCACGAUAUCAAUGACAAUGAACCAAAAUUCACCAAGGAUCUGUACACCGCCAGUAUUCCGGAGAUGUCUGGAGUUGGUACAUCUGUUAUUCAAGUGACAGCCACAGAUGCUGAUGAUCCUACAUAUGGAAAUAGUGCCAGAGUGGUCUACAGUAUUCUUCAGGGACAGCCAUAUUUCUCCGUGGAUCCAGAAACAGGCACCUACCAGUUCAGCUCUCCUGAAUCUGCACCACCUGGGACUCCUCUUGGCAGAAUUAAAGCCAAUGACCCUGAUCUGGGUGAAAAUGCAGAGAUUGAGUAUAGUAUCUCCAAUGGGGAUGGAUCAGACAUGUUUGAUAUUGUCACUGACAAGGAUACACAGGAAGGGAUUAUAACUGUCAAAAAGCAGCUGGAUUUUGAAAAGAAGAUAUUAUACACCUUAAGAGUGGAAGCAACUAACACUCACCUGGAUCCUCGUUUUCUUCAGCUGGGGCCAUUCAAAGACACAGCUCUGGUCAAAAUUUCUGUAGAAGAUAUAGAUGAACCUCCAGUGUUUAGCAGAUCCUCAUAUUUAAUAGAAGUAGAUGAAGAUGCCAAGGAAGGAAGCAUUAUUGGGCAGGUUGUAGCCCAAGAUCCAGAUGUAACAAAGAAUACAAUAAAAUAUUCUGUGGAUCGACACACUGACAUGGAUAGAAUAUUCAAUGUCUAUUCAGGAAAUGGAUCCUUAUUCAUCUCAAAGCCACUUGACCGGGAAGAAACUCCCUGGCACAACAUCACUGUCAUAGCAACAGAAAUCAAUAAUCCUAAACAAAGUAGCCAGAUACCUGUCUUCAUCCGGAUUUUAGACAUAAAUGAUCAUGCACCAGAAUUUGCCAAAUAUUAUGAAACAUUUGUCUGUGAAAAUGCAAAAGCAGGACAGUUGAUACAGACUGUGAGUGCAGUUGACAAAGAUGAACCUCCUCGAGGACACAAAUUUUUCUUUGACUUGGUGCCAGAAUUUGCUGUUCAUCCAAACUUCUCCAUUAUAGACAACAAAGACAACACAGCAGGAAUUAUAACUAGAAGAAAUGGAUACAGCCGAAGUAAGACAAGUACCUAUCAUCUGCCAAUCAUAAUAUUUGACAAUGACUACCCAGUUCAAAGCAGCACCAGCACACUGACCAUCCAAGUCUGUGCCUGUGACAGCCGAGGGAACAUGCAGUCCUGCAACACAGAGGCCCUGCUCCUUCCUGCUGGCCUCAGCACAGGGGCACUGAUUGCCAUUCUCCUCUGCAUCAUCAUCCUGCUGGUGUUAGUUGUCUUGUUUGCAGCUCUCAAGAGACAGAGGAAGAAAGAACCCUUGAUCAUCUCGAAGGAUGAUGUUCGAGACAACAUUGUGACAUACAAUGAUGAAGGGGGUGGGGAAGAAGACACCCAGGCUUUUGACAUUGGCACAUUGAGAAAUCCAGAAGCAAGGGAGGAAAGUAAGAUGAGAAGAGACGUCUUACCAGAAACUAUAUUUCAGAUAAGACGGACUGCACCACUUUGGGAAAACAUUGAUGUUCAAGAUUUUAUUCAUCGAAGGCUAAAGGAAAAUGAUUCAGACCCAGCUGCCCCUCCUUAUGAUUCACUAGCAACGUAUGCUUAUGAAGGGAAUGAUUCCAUAGCAAAUUCACUUAGCAGCUUGGAAUCACUUGCCACAGAUGGCAACCAAGACUAUGAUUACCUCAGUGACUGGGGACCUCGGUUUAAAAACUUGGCAGAUAUGUAUGGUGGAGAGGAAAGUGAUAGAGACUGAGGAAUUAAUCUGUGACCUGGUCAAUGUUAGUGGAAUUCAUGUCUAUGUUACUAGGUAAAGUGACCUACUCUCUCUUACUUGGGAUUUAUUUUAUUUUUUUUUUACAAAAAAUAGUUGUUGUCUUAGUAAGGGUUUGCUUAAUCAGUAAGUCAACGUAAAUUGUUACGAAUGAUUUAGGUUAAAAAAUCUACAAUUAACCCUUUCUGCCUAGAAAUUUCUGACAAAAGGUUUUCAUUUACAGUGAAAACACAAUAAAAGGCUUUUUGUGCCUUUAAUAAUGAGGUGGAAUUUUUAUUUUAUUUUUUUUAAUUACUUUGCUUUACCUUUCCUAUUAGCUGGGACAUUGUGAACCCACACUGUAACAUAAUCUCCAAAGUAUAUUUAAAUUAUAAUAAUAUUACUGCCAUAUUUAUUGAGUUAAAGAAUGUCUGUGUGUUGAUUCAUCAUGAUAUUUUUAUAUAUGUAUAUUUAUAUUUUUGUAUUUUUAUUAAAUAAACUAGUAUUUAUAAAAAGACUACUUAUGCACGUAAUUUGUUAAUCACAAAAAGAAAAAAAAAAACAACAAAAAACUGUUCAGUCUUUCUGAACAAUAUGAAACUACAUAUUGUGCAAAACUUAAUUUUCAGAUGCAUACUCUUAAAAUGGAUCAGUAGUUGAAAUGUGCUGUGCAAGAACAAUAUGGAGAGUACUUUGUAUUGGGAAUGUAGUAUAGAAAAAGAUAAAUGAUUUUGAAAUUUUAAUUAUAAAUAAAUACCAUCUGCCUUGCAA